UUUCUCAAGUUCUUACAGAAGAGUCACACCGUCUCACAUUCCUGUCUGUCGCUCCAGGGACUCAGAUCUCUCCAUAUGGAUUUCUUUAACUUUAGGCUGCCUUUGCUUAUUUUGGCUGCUCUUGGAUGCUAUUCCGAGGGCAGUCCGCUUCUCAAUAACAAAAUCAACGGCGUUAUAGGUAAAUAUGUGACCUUCAAGACAACAGUCAUCUUAACACCGAAUUUUGUAACCGUAACAUGGAAUUUCAACGAUGGUUCAAAAAUUGCACCGAUAAUUACGAGCAUUGUGCCAUCAAACACCGACAACGUUGAUGAGAAAUACGCCGGCAGAAUCAGCUACAAUAAGACGACGUUCGAGCUUCAGCUUGGGCCACUGGUGAAGGAGGAUGGAGGGGAAUAUACUCUCACUAUAGUCACUGACAAGGGACAGCAACUGACCGGACAGGUUGAUCUUGAGGUUCUUGAACCCGUAACUGACGUCAUGAUUUUGUCCAAUCCGCCUGAAGCUGUUGAGUUUAACAGCACCGUGAAUCUUACCUGCUCUGCCAAAGGCUCCUUUACCUACAAGUGGAUGAACGGUUCAGUUCCUUUGGUGGUGGAUGGCACACACAUAAAACUAAACCAAGUCGGCAAUGUGCUAACUAUUGCAGAAGUUCGCCGUACAGAUCUGCGAGGACCCAUUUUUUGCAUUGCAGAAAACCCGCUGGAGUCAGGGAGGAGCGCUGCCUUCAAUCUCACCGUGAGCUAUGGCCCAGAGAAAGUCAACAUGACACAAACUCCAACAGAUUCAUUCCUUAAGAAAGGCUCCAACUUAACCUUUUCAUGCUUAGCCCAGUCUGACCCUCCCGCACAGCUCCUUUGGAAGUUUAAUGGUGAGGAGCUACCUCAGAAGACCACGGCUAGCCUUACCCUCACCAAUGUACAGGAAAUAAACAGUGGAAACUAUAGCUGUGUGGCCUACAACAUGAAGACCAAGCGCUACGUUUCCUCGCAGAUCACUGUGGUGUCUGUUCUGGAGGCCUUAUCUGGAACAAAUAUCUCCAGCUCCUCAUCAGUUCUCAUUGAUGGCUACAGUACAGUCAACAUCACCUGCUCGGCAGCGGCUGGAAAAGCCGAAAGCGUGGAAUGGCUGAAGGGCGACAAACCUCUGACCCCUAGUGAACGUGUCAUUCUCUCAGCUGACAAGAAAACUCUGACCAUCGUUAAAGUUGUUAAAGAGGAUGCCGGUGACUACAAGUGCCAACUGAAGAACAAAGUCAACAAAGAUGAAAGCACCUAUAAGAUGGUGAUCAACUAUGGUCCACUGAACGUGAAAGUUGAAGGGAAGAAUGCAGUGAAGUUUGAAGAACCUGCAAAAUUACUCUGCUUUGCAGACUCUGUUCCUAUCAGUAAAUACUCAUGGAAACUCAACGGUACAGUGAUGAACAUCAGCCAGGCAGAAAUUAAUAUUGAAAAGGCCAAAGUCACGGACAGUGGCAUCUACACCUGUGAGGCGUUCAACCCCAUCACGGGAAAAACAGAAACAAAGACACACAAACUUGCAGUCACAGAGGUUGGUGCUGUAGACGAGGGCCUGUCUGGUGGAGCGAUUGCUGGGAUUGUAAUUGGCGUGCUUGUGGCCGUGAUAAUCAUCGCUUGUAUUAUAAAGCGCAAGAAAAAAGCAAACUCAGACAUUCCAUCUCCAUAUUAAGGCGAGACCUGGCGGUGAGGUGACCCGAACAUAUCUUCAAGACCAACCCUUCAGCCAUUUAUCAGUCUUUUUUAUCUGCAAAAGCCUUCUAUCAAGGCAACUGGAAAAACUGCCCUCACAAGUGACUUAAACCUAAAGGUUUGGUCCUUUCAGGAGCUCAACGUGUUUUUAAAUGUCCAUUGUUUUCCUGUUUAUCCUGUGCAAACGUACCCCAAUCUUAAGGACACGAUAGAGGUCGAUGGCGAGACUGUUUACCUUUAUCUGCGUCUCUUCCUUCCCUUGGCUGAAGUGGACAGCUUCUUUUGUUCCUCAAGAAACAUGAUACAGCCUCCAUCACCCUCUCAAUCCUGACCCUAAAGCGCCAGGUCUUGGCUUGACGUCUAGGAGGUCAGUUUGAAAGAGCUCUGUUUUGGGUAACGAAAUCCAGCCUGAAAUGCACUGAGGGGUGACGAGACCGCCGCGUGUUUGAGAUCUCAACGCACCCACAAGGCACUGAAACACCGAGAUUUUAAGACCUGUUCAACAUGCAUGGAAGUCCCAAGGCAAUGAAGAUAUGCUGGGCCGACUUGACGUUGAGCUGUCGACGGAAGGUCAUUCGUGGCAAAGCAUGCCUUGGAUGUUAGAUGCAGGCUUUAAGCCAUGUUUUGCUACACUUUUUGUUUUGUUUUGUUUUUUUUAAACCCCUCAUCUCUUCCUGUGUCUCUUAGUGAGCCAUGCACAUUGUAUUUUAAGAGUAAGGCAAGAUCUAACAUGCUUGAACUGAGAAGUGGGAGGGAAAAAAAUGCAUUUCUGUGGACAACGACAUACCACAGUUUUGCAGUGAAAUUGCUACUCUGUCCUUGGGCGUCCCCACAACGAUUCGUCCUGCUGUAAUCAGGAUUCCAUUGGAUUUGUGUUCUAAAACAGGCUUGUUUUCAAAAUCACCUUGAGCUGACACAAACAUAUCUGAAGUUUAAAACUAAAAAGUGUUGAUUAUUGUGUUCCAGUAUGUGAGAAAAUGUUUUGUUUUCUUCUUAUCAACAGAUAUCCAAACCUGAUUCCUUCUAUUUGUUUAGUUUUCCUCUUCAACCAAAGUAAUGAUCUUGAUGAUCUUGUAUAGUGAUCUGUUUUGAUGAUGCUCAUAUCUCUUUAGAUAGAGAUGUAUCUGUGAAGCUUGUCUUCAUAUGUUUGUUUGUAUACAUGGGCGAAGCAGCCAUUAUACCUGGUAUUUCAUUUUUAGAGAUUAAUCCCCUCAUUUUUUGGAAAUAAUCUUUAUUUUAAGAGUUACGAUCACCAAAAAAAAGCCUCUGCUCCCAUAUGGCAUAUAUAUAUAUAUAUAUAUAUAUAUAUAUAUACAUAUAAUUUGUUAAAACUGCAUAUAUAUAUAUAUAUUUAUAUAUAUAUAUAUGUGUGUGUGUAUAUUUAUUUAUUUUUAUGUUUUUCAAUAUAGACUAAAAAUUACAUUGCUAGUAUAUAUGUGUGUGUGUAUAUGUGUGUAUAUAUAUAUACAGACACAACACACAUAUAUAUAUAUAUAUAUAUAAUAUAUAUACAUACAUACACACAUACAUACACACACACACACACACACACACACACACACAAAUAUAUUGCAAAUAUAUAUUUAAACUGUAUUUCAAAAUGGACAAAUUUAAUGGCUAAUAAGUUUAUAUGAAUGUAUUUUUGAGAAGUUACUUUUAGCUCUUUAUAUUUCAGGGGCAUUUUUUGUGUAUAUUUUCUAAAAUAUAGCAUAUGUAUUGUUCAAAAAAAAAAAAAAAAAAAUAUAUAUAUAUAUAUAUAAACUGUAUAAGUAAAGUGUAUUUCAUUAAGAUUCUGUAUAUAUUGCCAUAUGGGUUGACUGAGCAAAAACAAAUGUCUAACGCCCGCUUCAGCAAGGACUACUGGGUAAAAUUAUGUAAUAUUCAUGAGCUAAUCUGAUACCGUCUUUAUAUAUAUAUAUGUAUGUGCAAAUGGGCAGCAAAAACACACUAACACAUUUAUUAAAAUAUAUUUGUACUCCCUUUUAGCAUUAAAACACCCAAAUAUCUUAAAAUGCUGAGCUUUAUAACUCCUUGCAAACCUGUAGACAGUUUUAUCUCAAGCGGCCUGAGUGUGUUUUUAGUGGUCUGGGCUGUUUGCGUGCAGAGAACAGUAAUCAUAUGAGUCUGGCCACAGAUACACUGAAUUAACGGUUAGUUUGUACUGUACCACUCUGUGGAGACACAGACAUCCUUGAGUCAUCAUUUGACAGGGAUUAGAUUGAAACGUCUUAUCCAUGUGUACUUUGUAAUAGUUUAUAUUAGGUGUUGUGUUGAAUGUGAAAUGUUUUUUGUAUAGGAUAGAUAGAAUUUCAAAUGUAAUUGGAUAAUGUCAAGUUUAAAAUGAAAAUGGCACAAUACAUUUUGUUCAGUAUAUUAAAGUUAUUUGAACAGUCACAAAACAACAUCAUUGGUUAAAUGUUCUCAGGUUGUUUACAAGGUGUUUAUAUUCUCUCAAAGUGCAGUGCAGUCAUGUUUUAUAUUCUCAGUGUUUCUUUUAAUAUAAUUUAUUUUCAGAUGUUUUGCUUUUUUUGUAACUGUUGUAUGUUGUGUGUUAAAGAAUGUUGGAACUUCCCCA